CGGGUUUUACUCCGAGCUACCCUUGUUAGUGACAAGACAUAAUUUUCAUACAAAAAAAACGAUGCAGUUCAAUUCUGGAAAACUAUUCAAGAUUGCCCUCAUAGUGACUGUUUGCUGUGUGCUGCUUUGCUCUGAUUCGGCUGAGGCUAAUCCAUUACCAGGCAAGGGCAGUAAAACGCUUGCCAGCAAGAGUUCUUCCAACACUAAGAAGCAAAAUGCACCGAAACAUUCACUUGGUACGGGUGCACGAACGGGACUGAUUGGAGCAGGCGUAGGUGGUGCCGUACUGACAUCUCUUAUUUAAUACAAAAAAAUAAAACAAUGAGAUAAAAAUCCACAUUUCUGGUAGAAGAGAAAUUUUUUCAUUGUGAUAUGUGCCUUUUGAUUAUAAAUUUCUGGUAACAUAUGAACUGUCACAAUAUAUUUGACUUGGAGGAGAAAAAUUAUUCACUUUGAAAACCAUUUUCGUUAAUAAAAUUAAUGUGGCUAUUAAAUUGGUUUGGUGCCGUGACCAGGAUCCUCAUUAAACGUUUCAAUACUGUGCAAAAGAAAUUGUCACAAAUCUCCAACACUGGAGCAUAAUAAAAU